AUGGAUUCUUCCAAAUCAGAAUACUCUAAAUACUUUGGCAAAAUCAAUGGAAUCCUAAUGUAUAAAGACUUUGUAAAACAUUGGGAUGAUGUAGAGACAUUCCAGGCAAGACCAGAUGACAUUGUCAUUGCCACUUAUCCCAGAUCUGGUACAACCUGGGUUAGUGAAAUUGUAUACAUGAUCUACAAAGAUGGUGAUGUGGAAAAAUGCAAAGAAGAUGUCAUUUUUAAUCGAAUACCUUUUUUGGAAUGCAGAAAAGAAGAGUUGAUGAAUGGAGUAAAACAAUUAAAACAGAUGGCAUCGCCUAGACUAGUGAAGACUCAUCUGCUAGCUGACAUUCUUCCAGCCUCGUUUUGGGAAAAUAACUGUAAGAUGAUCUAUGUUUGCCGGAAUGCCAAAGAUGUGGCUGUUUCUUUUUACUAUUUCUUUCUAAUGGUAACUGGUCAUCCAGAUCCUGGAACUUUUGAACAGUUUGUGGAGAAAUUCAUGGAUGGACAAGUGCCGUAUGGUUCCUGGUAUAAACAUGUAAACUCUUGGUGGGAAAAGAGGAAUAACCCACGUGUGCUUUUUCUCUUCUAUGAAGACUUUAAGGAGGAUAUCAGAAGAGAGGUGAUAAAAGUGAUACAAUUUCUGGGAAGGAAGCCAUCAGAGGAGCUUGUGGACAAGAUUAUACAACAUACUUCAUUCCAGGAGAUGAAGAACAACCCAUCUACCAAUUAUACAACACUACCAGAUGAAAUCAUGAACCAAAAAGUUUCUCCCUUCAUAAGAAAGGGAAUUACAGGAGACUGGAAGAAUCACUUUACAGUCGCACUGAAUGAAAAGUUUGAUAUACAUUAUGAGCAGCAAAUGAAAGGGUCAACACUGAAGUUAAAAACUGAAAUUUAAGAAGUGUUUUCUUAAUAUAUCCGAUAUUAAAGCUUUCUUCUCAUUUUUCUUCACCUUUUUCAAAUUUUGGAUUGGUAGAGAAGGAAUCAUUAUGAUCAGAUUCACAUGAUUAUUGAAAUGUUCAUACAAAACAACAAGAUUUUUUUCCAUGCUAUGAUCUUUUUAGUUUUCUUUCUUUUUUCUUUCUUUACAAAUAUUACACAAAUAUAUAAUCUAUAAAUUAUUACAAAUCUAUGAUCUAUGAGUAUGAUGUAGGAAAACACAGUUUUAAUUGUCAAAUUAAAAAUAACCAAACAUGUCAAAUUCUUUAUAUUUAUGGAUACUUUUUUCAUUUAGUAAUAUAUUUAGUAUACACAUAUACACAUAUAUACAUAUAUGCAUAAAUAUAUAUUAAUAACUGUGCAUGGACUUUGAAGACCUUGAGAGAAAAAGCUAAAGGGAAAAUACACUUGGAGGCAUAAUGAUACUUACUAUUUCCUUUUUUAUUUUCUGAAAAUGGCUUAAUUUGGAAUUUAUCUUAGUCUAAUAAAAGUUUUGGACAGAACUGGACUGAUUUCCAGAUGUCUGUAAAUGAUCCCAAUGAGUAUUUAUUUAUCCUUGAAUAUCUUUAGCUAAUUUGAAAUACUUAUGUUCUAGAGGUCUUUCAGCCCUAUAUAUAUGAUGCAAUGAAUGUAAGCUCUGUAUUCUAAAGUUUCAAAGAAUGUGAUAUUAGCCAGUAAAAUAAAACAAAAGCAAAAGUAAGA